CUGAUACUAAGCUAACUAUCGAUACAGCUGAUAUUUGGAUCGACCCUCCCAGUCUUCGUGAGGAGUUCUUCUUUGACUCAUCAUGUCUUCACGCUUGUGUGGGCUCCUGCUUCUUCUCGGAGUGUUGCUCGUAGUUGGACUCGAUGCAUCGAGACUGACCGUAAACCAAGAACUUUCUACCUUGUUCGAUGAGCUGUGGCUGCUGGACGCCAACCGGAUGACGCCCGGUGUAGAUUACAACAUCUCCGUACAGGGCCGAGCUGCUUACGUAAGUCAGGGGACUCACGUCGUCCACGACCACGCUUCCCUGCCGCUCUUCUCCAACGUCAACGAGAACAAGCUGAGGAACACGACCACCAUCUCAAGGAUGAUGAGGCUGCUUGACAACUACGAGAGAUCUACUGGUGUGUCUGAGCGCGUCACAGCUGAGGAACGGAUUGAGACCAACCGAUUCCUGGAUGCUGUUUUGGACACAGAAGUCAUGAAGCGAGCACACAGAUAUCUGGUGUCUAAAGGCCAGUCUUCUUCUGACGUGAGGGUCUUUAAGAGUCAACUGCACCUCAUCUGGUUCCAUCUUUACUACAGACAGAGGAACAGCGGGCCGGACUCCUGUGGCUUCGAGCACGUCUUUGUCGGAGAGAUCCGAUCCGCCAAUGAAAUCACGGGAUUUCAUAACUGGAUCCAGUUCUACCUGCAAGAGAAGGGCAUGCAGCUGGACUACAAAGGCUACAAGGCGCGGCAACACGACUUGCCGGACCAUGACGACCACGUCCUCAACCUGCAGUUCAGCUGGCACAGCGUGCUCAAACCUGUGGGCAGCUCUUUCAUCGGCACCAGCCCCGAGUUCGAGAUGGCCGUCUUCACCGUCAUCUUCCUCAUGAGCACGGAGAGAAGCACCACGGUGCUGGUCAACAUCGACCAGUGUCAGAUGGAGCUGGUGGUCAUCAGACACGGACGCUCCCUCGGCACGGCGUAUCCUAAACUGCUCAGCAGCAACAGCAGACAUGUUAGACCACACUCCCUCUAAUUUAACUUUUAAUCACUUACCCUCCCACUCUUCUUAUAUAAUAUUCUUUAAUAACCAAUAUUGUACUGCAAUGGAGUGACUAUGAGUUGACAUAAUUGUAAUAACAAAAACAUUAGCUGCAAAGGCACUGUCCUAUGAAGACUUUUUUUAAAUGUCUAUUGUACACAAGAAGUGUUUUUAAUCCGAUUCUGUACGUGUGAUGUAAACACCGUUGUUUUGCAUAAAGAAGUCUUGCAAAAAUGUG